AUGCCGGGAACACGACCCCAGCUGUCUUCCCCACCUGGCCCAGCUGUUCCUCUACCUGCCCUAUCUUCUCCUCACUAUCUUCAAACUGUCUUCAAGAAGUUCGUCACAAAGGACAUGAUGCAACAGACAUUCUCAACUUACAAACCCAGGAUUCCUUCAGUAAAUGCCAAAUUCCGACAUUUACGAUCCUUUGUGGAUAAACAGGACAUUAAGCUGCAUUCCUUUCAAGCUCAGCCAGUAUCCAGGUGUGUCACACCACAACGUAGUCGCGUGGUUUCGCAACGUAUCCUUGUCAUCGGCGACCUUCGCUGUGGGAACAGUUCGCUGAAUAUAGUGGAUCGCUUAUGUCACUUGACCUAG